AUGAACAAGAUUGAUAUCGAGAAGAACACUGCAACCAUGUCUUCUGCAGAGACAUUCGGCCACUUUCUGUUACCUUUGACAAUGAACAAAGGUCACAUCGAAGCAAAGCUCGCUGAUCAAGUGUUCAUAGUCAGAAGCCACUACCUUGGGUUAAAGACGACCCGACCAGAGAGACACGCCCUUGGGAAUCUACUGGGAAUGCUGGCUUUUCGAAUCGGCAAAUUUGAAGAAGCUCUCGGAUACUUGGAUAGAAUCCUCUCCUUUGGAGAAGACUCAGAGAACUUGAACGCUCUGGCAAACCGUAAGUACAUGUGUGAAAAACUAUUCAGGUUCCCAGAGGCCAGAGAGUGCGAGCGGAGAAUUCUCGAACUGAUUACCGAAGAUGGAACCGAAGUAUCUAAGAACAGGUGCAGAAGGCUACGUGCUCGUAGUCUGGCUGAGCAGGCGUUUGCCUAUUCCUUUGAAAUUUUUGGCGAGUCAGUGACUGUUGAACGGUAUCGUAAAUCGGUAGAAUUGUACGACCAAGCCACUCAACUUGCUGGACAUUUGAUCGGCCAGGAGGAGAGGGAAGAUUGGGCGAUAGUGUAUGGAAUGGCCUGCCACAAAAUAUACAAAAAAGUUAAACGGGACUGGUCUUUAAGGGAUCAGAGCAAAACGUGGUAUCAAAAAGCCGUUAAUAAGUUCUUGCUUAUCAUACAAGAAAGUAAGGACUUUAGUUUGGUGAGUGACAGCUGGCGUCAUCUUGGAGAACUGUUUAAGAACCCGAGACAUGUACCCUCCCUCCCAGAAGGCAUGAGAAGAUACCUGGAACGACCUGGAAAGUGCUUUGAGGAAGCUUUGAAAAUCUCACCGCACAAUUCACGAAUUCUUGCUAGAUAUGCCGGACACUUCCAGUUUAAGCGCAACUAUUCCAUGGCGAUGUUGAAGGUAAAUGAAUCUAUUAUGCAGGACACUAGCGUCUUCAACAACCAUGCCUACUAUGUGAGAGCCAGUCUCUGGCUUGAUAUCUACAAGAAACUACUAAAGGACAUGAAAAGGCCCCCCUACGAAAUUCCUGACUGUACAUUUCUUGAAUAUGCCGAAAAUGAUUUGAAGAUAGCCCAACAACAAUCGUACACGCCAUGGCAUUUUCACUGCAUGGCGGAGGUUCUGUAUCACAAAGCAAAGGAUCCAAACGGGCAAGUGAAACAGGGAGACGAGGGACAGGCAAACCUGCAGCUAGCUCUUACAUACUGCGCCAAAGCUGUGACAUGCCAAGAUGGUCAGAAGGUAGCAGAGUAUCACAAGCUGAGAGGUGAUUGUCUCUGUGACAUGGGUGAGCAUCAGGCGGCUUUAGGGUGCUACAAAAGGGCUCUAGAGUGCGAGAUAGGUGCUGAUUACUUCGAAGGGAGCAGAAAUUCCCUGGUGAUUGAGUUUGAACAUAUCCUUAUGAAAAACACACCUCUUUCUGAGGACCCACACUUCCUAGAGGACAUGGUCUAUUGGCUUCUCAGGGUAGCCAAUAUUUGCCUCUACAUCGGAAAAACUCUUUGGCCUCUGCUAAACUUGAAACAGCUCGUUGCCCCUUGGAAGAAAUUUGUCAAGUACUGUGAAGACAACAGACACAAGUCGAAGCUUCAAACCAUAGAGCUUGCAACUGUUGACGUGACGAAGCGACCGAAACAGUCGGUAACUCGGCGACAUCAAGGUUAUCCUGAGACUCACAGCUUUGAUAUGGUAGCAUCCGUAUUUGUAGUUCAAACUGCUGGAGUUCAGAACGAAAGUGAUCAAGGGAAGGUUGUUGAAACCUUCUCGUCUACAGAGGAGGCAGGUGAAGGUGCGGGUGUCCCUCGAGGGGCAUCUGCAGCACCCGCAGGUCCCAUACCUGACAAAGUCGACAAAGAUGUCCUGACUGUGUCUCAACACCUGUCUCAAGUAGACCUUGAUGGGAAUGAGGAGCAUCCUAUUGCUCCCGACACGAUCCACGUCACUUACUCGGUGAACCUCAAGACUGGCAAAACGCAGCACGUAGCCACGAGGCCGUCUCCUGAGGAACCACCAACUGAAGUUGUCUCCAAGAAGCACGUCCGCGUGGCGCCUGAAAGACCGCUGAAUCAUUGGGCACGGAAGUAUGACUUCUUUGUCAUCUACAGCAGCAGUGCCUCGGAAUGGGUACAACACCGCAUGCUGGAAGAACUGGAAGGAACCGGUUUUAAAGGCUGCAUCAAAGAUCGCGACUUCGAACUCGGCAAACCCAGGAACGAUAACUACACAGACAGCAUUGAGGAUAGUGUCUGUAUCAUUAUUGUACUCACAAGGGACUUCGAGACCAACAAAUAUGACGUCAGUGGUAUGCAUUGGGCAUUGGACAGUGAUCGGCUGGUUAUCCCUGUUCUCCGUGAAAACAGGGCCAUGCCAACGGUGCUCAAAACACUCGAGCACCUUGAUGCAACAGGUGCUGUGGACUGGCCUAGAUUGGAAAGAUGUAUUGAGCAACAGGUUAAACUUGAAGCUGUUCAAAACGCUUGUGAACGGCUGGUGGUUCCUGUUCUCCGUGAAGACAGGGCUAUACCACCAUUACUCAAAACACUCGAGUACCUUGAUGCAACAGGUGUAGUUGACUGGCCUAGAUUGGAAAGGUGUAUCAAGCAAAAGGUUAAACUUGAAGCUGUUCAAAACGCUUGGUAA